AUGCCCAGUCAACUUUAGUGCCUCAUUUCAAGGGAGUUAUACUACAAAAUAAAUGCAGUUCUUAAGUUUGAGGAUAGCAAAAUGCAAUCAAACGAAUCUUAGCAGAAAAGAUUAAUCUGCUUGAUGUGCGAACGAUAGUAUGAUGAGAAGUUUCUUCAACAAAUUACAAAUCAAUUUGGUAGCAACUAAUUAAUUUGUAGAUAUCAAUGA